AUUCAAGUCAUGAAAUGCAGACCUGGCAGCCAUGAGCUUUCUCGUCACACUGUUCAAUCCUUGGAUUCUAAAGAGAUUGAGAUUGGUGUUCCAGAAAACAAUAUCAAAAAAAUGAGCUAUACUGAGUUUUUACUCAGUUUGAAAAAUGGUUCAUGUAUUAAUAACGAAUGUGAUUCAGACACGAAUAUCCAAAAUAAAUCCGAACAUUCACUAAGUAAAUCCACCGAUGUUCAUUCGCUGUCAAAUGAACAUACUUGUGACGCUAGCGUCCCUACUGGUGAAAAUUUUUCAAAUGCAGUUCCUUUGUGCAAUCCAGAAGUUGACUUCUCGUGUAUUCAUAGUUCUGAAGACGACCUAAUUGGUGUGACUGAUAUAAUAACAAAAACGGACUUCCUAGAGCCCAAUAUGCAGCAUUCUUACUUUUCUGCGUGUAAUGAAUCUACAAGUCAAACAGAACAAAAAACGGUUGAUAUUUAUCUGUCAAAAGUUGUUGAUUCCGAUGUAUGUCUUAGGAAGAUUGUGAAUGAUCAUCCCAACUUUCCGGCUUUGAAAUGUUUUCAAGAAUUUCAAUCCAUCCCCACUGGCUACACUAAAUCAAGACAAAUUCCAUCAACUUUAAAAGAGUCAUUAUUGUGGGUCGAUAAGUAUAUGCCACCAAGUUGCUCUUCCUUUUUAAAUACUUGUCCUGGCAUAAUGAAAAUUCUUUCGUGGUUGGAAAAAUGGAAGUAUAAAAAUUCUAAAAUAGAAAAUUCAGCGAAAUCUUCAUCAAAUAAAAGUCAAACUGCAAAGUCUACAAAAAAAAGACUUCGAUCAAGCCCUCGUUACUCUAGUGAUGAUGACUUUGUUGUGAAACCACCAGCACAUAAACGCUACAAAUGUAACGUUCCUAAUUCUGGUCCAUUUGAAAAAACCAAUGAGAAAUCAACUUUAAAUUUACCCAUCGGAUAUAUCCAAAAUCAAGUAGAUUUUUCUAACUCCAGCAGCUCAGAUGAGGAUACUUCGGCUGAAAGUGAUGAAGAGCAUAAUGGUAAUACUAAUAAAAGACGUCUUCAGGCGAAUUGGCAGUCCAAGGCUUUCUUGUUAAUAGGACCUCAUGGAACAGGCAAAUCUGCACUAGUCUAUGCACUAGCUAAAGAUUUAGGUUUCAAAAUAUUUGAAUUAAACCCCUCAAGUAGACGAUCCGGUAAAGAUAUCACGUCCCAGUUCCAUACUGCACUCGAAUCACAUCAUGUUGCUAAAGAUAAUCUGUCCACUAGUUUUAGUACAUUCCAAAUGAUAACAUCAUCAUGUCUUACUAAGAAUAAUUCAAAACCGGUUCGCAAAUCUGCAGCUAAUUUCUUUAAACCAGUGUCUAGAAAAAAUGUUUCAUCUGAAAAGAACACUUCUUCCAGUAAAGAUGCAGAAAGUCUCAAUUUAAAUUGCAAUUCAAUAGUACUAUUCGAUGAGGUGGAUGUACUUUUUGAAAGUGAUCGAGGCUUUUGGUCUGGCCUAAGUAGUUUACUUCAACUUGCUCGUCGUCCAGUUAUACUUACCGCUUCAGAUUCUUCUAUAGUUCACAAUUUACCAGUUCCAGCUUAUGUUUGUCAUAUGACAUCAGCCUCGUUGGAAUUAGUUGUCCCCUAUGUUCGUCUCCUCUGUUUAACCGAAGGAUAUGAUUUGGAUGUGCAAACUGCAAAUUUAUUAGUAAAAAGCAUUCAAUCCCCUAACUUAAUUGUUAAUAAACCCUCUUCUGAACAUUGUGACCUUCGGAGACUGAUUAAUGAACUACAGUGGUUUUGUAUCAGCGCUCCUGAUGAGGAAGCAAACAGAAGAGAUAAUCAUAAGGAAAAUCAAAACCCAUCCAUCAUUCUAAGUGAAUUAAUGGAUGAUCCUCUAAUUUUAAUUCAAAAACUGUAUCCUUCAUUGUGCAAUUUAUCUGGACCUGUUCAUCAUAAAUCAUUAGAUAAUCCUAAAUCUACUACUGAUGAAAAUGAUUUAUGCAAUUUAUUCACUGAAGACACUGAAAAUGUUAUUGAUCUGAUCAAUCAUGUAGGUGAUAAAUCAAUUGUACGUAUGGUAGACUACUUUCUAUUUUUUUUGUUUUAA